UCUACGGGGGCGGGAGGGCAGAUUUGCUGUGCAGCAGUCUUCCAGGAAAUCACUCACAUUUCACUUGUUAUCCCACAACUCCGUCCUCAUUGAAUUUUAUAGACUCGAAGGCCAGUUUUGUUCGGCACGGGCCACCCGUCUCAGAACUCAGCGUGACUCAAAAGAGAGCGAAAAGUAGCAAAGUGAAUAAUAACCAGUGUUGUUGUGCUCCCGCAGUUCGAGGCCCGGCCGACCGCCCAAGAGGCUGCAGACGGUGACUGACGGCGGCGCUCACCACAUGCUCUCCCACGGCGGUCUGAUGCACGCCGGGAUCAUGCCUCCCGCAGAUCUGUCCGCCCUGGCCAAGAAGAUCAAACUGGAGAUGGGCGGUUACCACAGCAACCAACAGCAUGGCGGCCACAACGGAGAGAACGGCGACCACAGUCCCGGAUUGAUUCUGGACCAGCUGCCCUUCAUGAUGAUGUCACACCCCCUGAUCCCGGCCAGUCUGGCACCGGCCUCCGUUUCCAUGGCGAUGGGCCAGAUGAACCGCUUGAGCACGCUGGCCAGCAUCGCCAACAUGGCGCAGCUCCACCACGCCAACCCGGCCGCCCGGCCCCCCGCCUCCGUCAUUAAGGAGCGCAUGCACGACGACAGCCCCUCCCCUUCCCCCUCGCUGGAGGAAGCUCCGAUGUCGUCCAAUCACAGCAGCGUGUCCAGUUCUCCCUCUCGCACAGAACGCGCCACAGAAAACACGCAUCAGCUCCCCGAUGGCGUCACUUUAAGUCACUGCGUGUUGGCACAGCCGGGUGUCAGAGAGUCGGACUCGAUGGAAUACAGCAAGGAAAGCAAAAGGGGGCGCGCUGACAAAGAAUCCAACCCGCUGGCCGGUGAUAGACAAGUGUACCAACACCCCCCGGCGAGCAGGGACGGCUGCGAGAAGGCGCCGUACCCCGCGGGACACAAGCUCGCAGCGGGUCUCCACCACGCUCCCUUCAUCUUCCCGGAAGGCUUGUCCUCUAUAGAGACGCUGCUCACCAACAUCCAGCAGGGUCUCCUGAGGGUUGCCAUAGAGAACGCCCGGGCGCAGGAGAAGCAGGACCACCUGGAGAGGACCGAGCUGAAGAUAGAGCUGGUGCGCGAGCGAGAGCUGCGAGAGACGCUGGAGAGGCAGCUCAGCAUGGAGCAGAAAAACCGAGUUCUCAUUCAGAAGCGACUGAAGAAGGAAAAGAGGAAUAAGAGGAGACUUCAGGAAGCCUUGGAAGAGGAGGUGAAACUUCGAGAUCAGGCGGAGCACGGCUUCCUGCAGCACGCCGCCGGCGCGCUCUCGGACUCUGUGACCCAGGACGCGGACGUCGUCAAGCUGGAGGAUGACAGGCUGGACGUUAAGGCAACAGUGCAAGAGGGCCGAGUAUUCCUGCAGACGGCCGGGAUGUAUUGAAGGAUGAAGGCGGACGCGUUUGAACUUUUCCACUGUUCUCUACCUUUAAUUUAUUGCAUCUAUCACCCGAUCCUGGACAGUAGUAACGGAAAAUCCCUUUAUUCUGAUGACGUGUUUGUUUGUGUUUCUUUCAACGGAGACCCCGUGGCCCAGGGGCGGAGUUGUUUGUUUUUUUUUUUUGUCCAGGCACAAGGGAUCAGUACAACUUGUAACCCAGCUGUGUACAUAUAUUGUCAUUGCUUUUUGUUGUUAUAAUCCGGAAAAGGCAUGUUGUAUAGUGAGUACAUGUAUGGUGUAUGUUAUGCAGUAGGGCAGUUUGACAAGACAAUACAAAUACUUUUUAAUAUGAAA